UGCUGCAGAUCCGAGCGGAGCGCAUCACCAUCACCAUCUCUCCUCUCUUCCUGCGGUGACAGAUCUGCGCAUUUCUGCUUCUCUUUCCUUUCACUUCAGUCUUUUCUGUUUUGCAUUGAACCACCGAUCAAACAUCUGCAGCUUUGGACGAGCUAAAGGUCGCAGCUGGUUACUCUUACAAUGGGCAACAGGGACGAUGACUACGAUUUCUUGUUUAAAGUUGUUCUGAUCGGAGAUUCGGGUGUGGGGAAGAGUAACCUGCUGUCACGCUUUACACGCAAUGAGUUUAAUCUGGAGAGUAAAAGCACCAUCGGGGUCGAGUUCGCUACCAGGAGCAUUCAGGUGGACGGCAAGACCAUCAAAGCACAGAUCUGGGACACGGCGGGCCAGGAGAGAUACAGGGCCAUCACAUCUGCGUAUUACCGUGGUGCCGUCGGUGCACUGCUGGUUUAUGACAUCGCCAAGCAUCUGACCUAUGAGAAUGUAGAGCGCUGGCUGAAGGAGCUGCGAGAUCACGCAGACAGCAACAUCGUCAUUAUGCUGGUGGGAAAUAAAAGCGACCUGCGGCACCUGAGGGCGGUGCCAACCGAUGAAGCGCGAGCAUUCGCAGAGAAAAAUAACCUAUCAUUUAUCGAGACGUCUGCCCUGGAUUCAACCAAUGUAGAAGAGGCAUUCAAGAACAUUCUAACAGAAAUCUAUCGUAUUGUAUCACAGAAGCAAAUCGCCGAUCGAUCAGCUCACGACGAGUCGCCAGGAAACAAUGUGGUGGACAUCACCGUCCCACCGACAACAGACGGACAAAAGGGCAACAAACUGCAGUGUUGCCAAAACUUGUAACCAUGACAACCGGCCCCACCCACCUGUCACUCAUCUCUGAUUUACUCAACAUGUUGUUGUGUCACUGUUCUAUGUUUGAUUUGCAUAAUACAUGUGUUUUUUUAUUUUUGAUAGCUUGGCAACUCACAUGCUGAAGUAAAACUUUACAGUAUCUGACUGUUUUAUUGGCUUCCAGAGUGUGUUUAACAAAAAAAUGAAGCUUUGCUAUAGAAGAAGACGAUCCAGAGAAACAGUUCAUGUCUCAAAGUAAACGUGUGAAUCUCACAGAACCUGUCAAGAACGUCUGAAGGUCAUAUUUCACCCCCCCAUAUCUUAAAAAAAUAAAUUGUGUUUUACAUAGAGAAACCAGCAUGUUUUGCAUUUUUACAUUAUGUUACCGUUUUGCACAAUAAUCUCAUUACUGUAAUACUGUAAAAAUCUUAAUAUAUUUACAGUAUUACAUUUCUACAAAAAAAUGUCAAAAUGCAAAACAAGAGAAUGGUCCUAAAACAAGCGUCCUUCUGAUCUUGUCUUUUAUCAAUUUUGAUUUUUUGGGAGAUUUACACUGAAAAUUUUCUUUUAACAUUAAAGUGAAGAGGUCAAAUCAAGUAAAUAAGUGUUUAUAUGUGAAUAAGCUGCUACUGUAGUUUAUGAAUCUGAUGUUUUUCUAUUUCUGACCACAUAAAUGCUUUGUGAGCUAAAUGUGAAAUUUACAACAGAGAGGAAGAACAAGCUCCCCCAGCCC